AUGAACUUUAAAGCCACAAAGGAAGAAUUGCUCCAGGCCAACAUCGACAUUGACGACAAGAUCGUCAGAGUUUCCGGCGGCGGUUACGUCGGUGUCCUCAGCGCUAUAUCCGAUUUUGAUGAUGAACUGACCGGUUCAGCCCAUUGCAUUGAGUAUAUCCGUCGGACCAUCAUGUGUCACGCUGAUGUGUCCGUCUAUGCUGCGACGUGGAUCGCAGAUUCCCAUGAGAAACCCAACAAAGAUCUCAUAUCGGGAGGGGAGAGGGAAUGCGUGAACUGGGAUGUCAUCGAUACAUGGUCACGGUCGAGGGCCCUGAAAAAGAAGGUGUACAAAGUGAAGCCCGGGCCGUUCGAGAAGGAUUUACACCCCAGUGAGAGCGACGUAUCGUAA